AGGUGGCUUCCGGUUAAAGUACACAGCCUCCCACAUUUCAGAAGCACUCGACAACGCCGACUGAAGGAGAGAAGAAGAGGAGUCCCUCUGGGUCUCGUUUCCACGGCGAUGGUCCUCUGCUCCUCCCCGGGCACUGAAGCUUCUGUGUACUUCAGGAAAAAAAACUCAAAAAAAAACCCAACUCAAAAAGAAAGAGUGACCUGCCAAAGGCUCGGUGGACAAAGCCUAAGUACUUGUGCCUGAGAAAACCUUGUUCCCAUGGAGAUGACUCACUGUCUCAUGCACAGCGACAGUCCACGUGACCACGGGCCCCUUCCCUUUCAGUUUGUUUUUGAUAUUUUUGCACUGAGGGUUGGAUAUGAUUAACUUAUUACUUAAUUAUUAGGAAGUUCAGAGAUUUUGGGGGAUUUUUUUGUUUUUACUUAAAAGUCUCAACUGAAAAUGGUUCUUGUACCCUUAUUUCUAAAAUAGCGUAUUUAUGCUUUUUCCUCAUUAUUACUGUUCACCUAGGAUUUUAUUGUCUGACAGAAUUGUACAGCAGUUUUCAAAGAUUAAACACAAGAAUCAAAAGUAAUGUAAGCAGAAUGGAUUUUAGGUUUGUUUCAGUUUUGCUGUAAGGUUUUUGAAUGUACACCUUCUCAUAUAAGGAAGCUGACUGUGUGUAAGUGUGUCGCCACUUGAUGUGUUUAGUUGGAAGGUAAUUGCUGCUUUGUAACUAUAUAUUUUUUUCCAUUUUUAAAAUAGUUUUAUUCAGUGAAAUGCACUAUAGCGAGGCAGGAACACAAGUGCACUAUAACAGUCGGCACUAGAACAGAAUUAUUCUUUUUCAGAAUCGACACGAAAAAGCGGAAUAAUCAGCUAAUGCAGCAUUUUGACUGUUUUAGAAUAUUGAAGUAUUUCAGGUGAGGAACAGCUUUUUAGGGCUAGCUUUUUGAAAAGAGAUGCUGUAGAAAUACAACAGCAGAGAAACUCAUUCUAGCCCGACCCCAGCUGAGUAAACUCACAGUAGUCAGAUUGACUAUGACCCCCUGAAUUUUAGUCUAAAGACACAGUCAGGCUAAAAUUCCCACUUGUACACAGAAAACACUCAAAAGCCCUGGGUAGAUUCUAUGUUGGACUCUAUUUCUAACCACUACUGCGACGGUUCUACAGGCCUCCGUUUGUGUCAAACUAGCUAGAACAUACAAUGUGUAAUCUAACCCCGUGUAAAGGUUAACGGUUUCAUACCCCUGCCGCCCUGAACUCUCCCCAAGAAUGAUGUGUUUACACGCAUUUGUUAGCCUGAAAGUUUCAUUCAGCCCGUUAGCCAGUUAGCUGUAGGGCGGGGUGGAGCUGGGCCAUAAAUCGAUUCAUUCGGAAUUCAAUUUUAAUACGAUGCAAAAAAACAGCUAAAUGGAAAGAGAUUUAAGCUACAGAUGUUCUAAUGCGGGGAUAUACAGCUGCUAAGGCCUCUAAAACAAUCCACUCAAAGUCACUCAUCUACACAGAACAUGUAGAAACAUUUCCCUGCUGUGUUUGUAGUUUUGUUUUUUAAGAAACAAAAAUCAAUCAAAAUCGGGACCAGGAUUUUAUUGGAUGGGGGGUUAUUUUGUCUUGCCCUAACCAAUCGGCAGUUCUUCCUGCCCCUCAGAUGUUGAUUUCAUUCGAAGCUGCAUUUGUGCUCGUCAGGAGCAGUAAAGUUAACACUCAAGUCAAUUAAAGAAAUAUGCUAAUUUAUUUCAGUGUGUUAUUUCUGUAAGUCCACUUACAACAUCUGUACAGCUGCAUCAGUCUCCUCCACACUCACCAGUUUUCUGUCUCACUUUUUUAUGGAUGUAGCUAGCUUGGCGUUCCCAUUUAUUUAUUAAAGCAAGAUGUAACUUCUGUUUAACUGUGGCCACAGGUGACAUUAACAGGAUGCUAAAGAAUAGUGUAAAGUCAGUGACAUGAUGACUCAGUAAUCAGCAAUACUUAUCUAAAGUUGGCCACCAUAUGUUGAACACAUCAGAACAAGCAAGGCUGUAGCAGCGAAAACUGAUGAUCAGUUUCUAAAAGUGAACAUUUUCAGACAUGCAUUUAUGAUUGUAGACAAUUCACAGAGCUCUUUGUGUGAAGCAUACUGACGCUUUAAGAAUACAGCAGUUUAGUAUUGAUGGGGAUUUCAAUUGUUGAGCUUCCUUUUUUAAAGCUGCAGUAGGUUUGUUGAGUAUCUUUCCUAGGGCAUGAAAUACGGACGCUUUGGUGAAUGUCAACUAUCUUCAAACCCUCCAACCCAAAGUGUCUUUCUAUCUUUCUCGGCUCUGAUUGGUUGUUUUUGUUCAGGCCUGGUGGAAUUCUUGCAAAUACCAUUAGGAGCAACUAGGAGGAGCCAGAGGAACCAGAUUUUUUUUUUUACAGAUUAUUAUUGUCUUGUGUACUACUGUCAGGAUAUAGUGAAAGUUUUAGCAUAUGACAAAAAAAUAUCUUUAUAAAAAUGACCUACUGCAGCUUUAAGGACAGAAUUUUCAGCCGUUGCUUUCAUCAGUGUACAAGGAGGAGCCAGCUUCAAACUGUCCCGUGGAUUAACUUCUCAAGGGUUGAUGUAUAUGAAGACAUUUCUCUCCUGCACUCUUGGUAUAUUAAUGUGUUUGUGUUAUCUGACGGCUGUAUUUGUGUCAGAUCACCUGUUAAAGAGUGAACUGUUCACAGCUGGCUCCGUGGUAACCUAUAUAAGAGAGCAGAAUGUGUGUUGCGUUGAAACACUGAGGAAGGCAAUUACUGACUUUUUCUACACUUGUUAAUGGAGAGAAUGAAUGUGGAAUCUAUGUUGGGGUUUCUUUCUCCACAGAACUGUUGAAAACUGAAAGAUAUCUGACGAACCUGAUAAUGACAUUUGACCACCAAUUUUUGUUUUAAGCCAUCAGAUUUCCUCACGUGUUUAAGGUUAUUCUACUUUCUAAUUAAGGUGGUAUUUCAUGCUUCCGCAGCCUCAUUUUGUCAAGCUGUGUCGUUCCUGGUCAGGGCGGAGUGUGUGUGUGUGUGCGUGUGUGUGACUCUCAGGCUGUUUUCAGGGCUUUGUGGACGCUCUGCUUGUUUUAGUGGUUUUGUCUGCCUACUGUCAGUGCAUUAUUUCAAUUAAAAAUCUAUGCAUACGUGCUUGUUUCCCUGAACGCUUAAAGUGACUGUCACGGGCGCCGGUGGUGGAGACUGUGGUGUUUGAUGUGAAUGUGUAAAGGAUGCACACCCUCAGACACACUGCUGUUAGAUCGGACUAUGUCAAACUGUUUCCCAGAAAGUUCUUCCUUUCGUUCGACACUUGAAGCGGAUCCGAGGGUCCUGCCGAGCUCUGGAUCCAGUGAUCACAAGCAGUGAGCAGAUGUGGACCAGUGUACAUACCGAGGAUGCACCAAACAACCCAAGUGUAGUUUUGUUAACCUUGAUGGUUUGAAAAAUGCUGUACUGUACAUUUGCAAGGGGUCCCGCGGCCCUCAGUUGUAAUGUUUACUGUACUCUUUGAUAUCUCUGUACUGGAAAGGUCAAAUAUAUUUCUAGAGCGGAAUUUGGAUUUUAUGCAAAUUGUUGAUGUCUUUUUUCCUGUAAUUAAAAGCAAUAAAUAUAAAAAUGAUAAGUGAAUUCUUUGAA